UAAAAACAAUCUGGAAAAAAAAAUAAUGGAUAUUCGACAAAGGAAUUCUACAAAUUUAAAUAAUAUUUGCAAAUUAUGUAAUAAACACCCUCAUAUAUAUACUUGUCCACGAUGUGAGAUAAAAUAUUGCAGUGUUGAUUGCUAUAAAAAAGAAGCUCAUUUAGAAUGUUCAGAAAGUUUUUAUAAGCAAUGUGUAAUAAAUGAGCUUAAAUCUCAAGAAAGAGACACAGAAGAUAGACAAAAGAUGUUAAAAAUUCUCAAAAGAGUACAUGAACAAGAUUUAGAAGAUAUAGAAACAUUGGAAAAUGAUGAAAUUGAUGAAGAAUCAGAAGAACAAUUAGAUUCAGAUGAUGAAGAAAAUAUAUCAGAUUUAGAAAAAAGACUUAAUGAUAUAAAUUUGGAUAAUGCAGAUGAAGUAUGGUCUGUAUUAACAAAUGCUGAGAAACAAGAAUUUGAAGCUCUAAUAAAAAAUGGUGAUAUAGAUAAAUUUUUACCAAAAUGGAUUCCAUGGUGGAUUAAUUGUACGAAAAAAAAACUUAUUGAAGAUAUGGAUCAAACAUAUGAUAAACAAGCACAGAAACUUCCUUCGCUAAUAGAUGUUCCAAUAUUUAAUGAAUUACAGAAAGCUUCUCCAAAUGUUGAAUAUAAUAUAAUAAAUGUAAUCUAUGCAUAUGCAUACAUAGCAAAUUAUUAUAAUGGUGACUAUCUAAACUGUCCAGUAGAAGCUACAAUUGUUUUUCUUGAUCUCAGUGAAAAUAUGAAAUACAAUAAAGUUUAUGAAAAUUCAGAAUCAGCAAUAACUUCUAUUGUUCAUAAAAUUAUUAGUUGUAAUUGGUUACCACAAGAUGAACAAACUUUAUUAGCUUUCAAAGAAGCUGGCAAUAUAAUAAUGCAAGGUUCCGAAAAUAAAUAUCUGUAUAUUGCUGUUGCACUUUCUGAAUUAUAUAGAUUAUUAAUAGCAGCAACAAAAGAAAUAUUGAAAAAUAAAAAUGACAUUGGAAAUAAAGAAUUUUUCAAAAAAUUUGUUCGAUAUAAGAUUGAUAAUAUAAAUUUAUCGAAAAAAAUGCUUUUUUUAUAUCGUAAAAAAUUGGAGUAUUAUUUAUCAUGGACUAAAAAUUGUAAUAUAAAUAUGUAUAUAUAAAUAUAUUUAAUAUAUUAUAAUUUUAAA